GCUCUAUCCAGCACAAGAAGAUAACAUGAUGAACAUGUCGUCGUCCUUCAGAGGCUAUGGCAAAGUUGAUGCAGCCGAGCAAGCAAAGCUUGAAGAAGCUCGCCGGAAGACCCGAAAGCGAGUCAUCAUCAUAAGCAUAUCCUCCGUCAUUCUCGUCUGCGUUGUAGUCGCCACUGUGCUCGGAACUUCUAAUAAUUCCGGUGGAAAUUCUGCUGAUCAGCCUCUCUCCUCUUCUAUAAAAGCCAUUUGCGACGUCACCUUGUACCCUGACACGUGUUCCACUAGUCUCGCUCCGCUAGCUCACUCGAGCCACAUUCAGCCUAUCGAUGCCUUCAAGUUGGCAACCCAGGUGGCGUUCGCUGAGUUGCAAAAAGUUGCUGAUCAGUACUUCUCGGAGCAGAGCAACUUUAAUGGCAAUAUGAAUGUUGCUGCUUUGGAAAGCUGUCGCCAACUUUUGAGCCUGGCAUUGGAUCAUCUUAAUGGCACAUUGUUCUCCAGUUCUCUCUCGUUGCUUGAUGUUGCUGAUGAUCUCCAAACAUGGCUCAGUUCUGCCGGCACUUAUCAGGAGACGUGCAAAGACGGCUUUGAGAAUGCAAAUGCAACAGCAAAGAGCACUAUUGACAAUUGGCUCAAGAAUUCUACUGAACUAACAAGCAACAGCCUUGCCAUCGUAUCAUGGAUUUCAAAGAUAGAAAGCGCUUUGAAUCUGCGGCGGCGGCGGCUAAUGAGUUUUGACCCAGAGUGGCUGAAUUCGAAAGAUAGGAAGCUACUUGAAACUUCAGAUUUGACGACGCAGGCCAACAUUGUUGUGGCUCAAGACGGCUCCGGCCAGUGCAAAAACAUCAGUGAUGCUCUUAAAGCGGUCCCUGACAAAAGCAGCACGAGGUUCGUGAUAUAUGUGAAGAAAGGGAUCUACUAUGAAAAUGUACAGAUAAAUAAGAACAAGUGGAAUGUUCUGAUGGUCGGCGAUGGAAUGAAUGAUACAAUUGUCUCCGGUGGACUCAACUUCGUCGAUGGGACUCCAACGUAUUCAACGGCAACAUUUGCAGUAGCUGGCAAAGGCUUCAUUGCUAUAGACAUGGGGUUUUGCAACACUGCCGGAGCAAUCAAGCACCAGGCGGUGGCCCUAUUAUCAGACUCGGACAAAUCCGUCUUCUACAGGUGUUCAAUGGAUGCAUUUCAAGACACCCUCUACGCACACACCAACCGGCAGUUUUACCGUGAAUGCAACAUCACUGGGACGGUUGAUUUUAUCUUCGGAAACUCGGCGGUGGUUUUGCAGAACUGUACAAUCCGGCCUAGAUUACCGUUACCUGGCCAGCAGAACACCAUCACGGCGCAAGGCAAGGCUGACCCAAAUCAGAACACUGGAAUCUCGAUCCAGAAUUGCAGCAUCACGCCGUAUGGGGACUUGAGUUCAGUCCAAACAUAUCUUGGACGGCCAUGGAAGAAUUACUCCACAACUGUGUAUAUAGGUAACUAUUUGGAGAGCUUCAUCGACCCCAGUGGAUGGUUGCCAUGGAUAGGCACGUCAGCCCCAAACACCAUAUUUUACAGUGAGUUUCAAAACUAUGGCCCCGGUUCUACGCUGGAAAAUAGAGUUAACUGGGUGGGAGUAAAGAAUAACAUGACCAGCAAACAAGCCAAGAAAUUCACAGUGGGUUCAUUCAUCAAAGGGAAACAGUGGAUUUCGGAUGCAGGGGUUCCCUAUCAAUCUGGCCUGUGAGGCUGUGACAAAAUAUGGGUCAUUUCAUGCAAGGAAAACAGCAAUAUUGCCAAUGCAUUUUGUUUUCUACAACGUACACUUGUAAGAUAUUUGAAAUGAGAUUUAAUUUAUUGAUUUGGUUUGAAUGAA